AGAUCUUCCCCAAAUUUAUAAACUUUUCACAACCAUCAGAUCUUAACCCCGAAUCAGGUCUAGUAGGCAACACAACAUGUCUACAAGGAAGCCCACUUUAAGAUUCAUCUAUCUCUUGCUCAUCCUCCUAGUACUGAGUUUUAACGUUGUCACAGAAGGUUCCGAGGCUGUCCCUGGCGACAAAGACGAGGAUGAUUUGGAGGAAUUGUUAGCAGUUGACGAUGAAGUGGAGCAGGAAGCUGAAGGGGGUGGCGUGAAGUUAUCCGAAGCAGAGGUUUUAACCAAAGCUCAAAGGAUCGUUCUUGAGCUGAACAAUGACAACACAGAGAGGGUUGUUAAUGGAAAUGAGUUUGUUUUGGUUCUGGGGUAUGCACCUUGGUGUCCCAGGAGUGCUGAACUUAUGCCCCAUUUUGCUGAGGCUGCAACUUCUCUCAAGGAUUUGGGAACCCCUCUUCUCAUGGCCAAACUUGAUGCUGACAGGUAUCCCAAACCUGCUAAGUUUCUUGGAGUCAAAGGCUUUCCCACCUUGCUUCUCUUUGUCAAUGGCACCUCUCAGCCCUACUCUGGCGGUUUCACAGCGGAUGAUAUAGUGACAUGGGCAAGAAAAAAGACCGGUACACUUGUUAUUCGGAUUGGUUCAGUGGCUGAAGCAGAAGAGUUUCUGAAAAAGUAUCAAACGUUUCUCAUUGGUCGCUUUGAUAAAUUUGAGGGACCUGAUUAUGAUGAAUUUGUGAGUGCUGCAAAGUCCGAUAAUGAAACCCAGUUUGUUGAAGUGAGUAAGGUAGAGCUUGCCCAAGUUCUUUAUCCAGAUAUCAAGGGUACUGAUCGCUUUCUUGGAAUUGUUAAGAGCGAACCUGAAAGAUACACUGCAUAUGACGGAGCUUUAACGAUGAAUAAAAUACUAGAGUUUGUAGACUUGAACAAAUUUCCAUUAGUUACAAAACUGACUGAAAUGAAUUCUAUCAGAGUCUACUCCAGCCCCAUCAAGCUUCAGGUUUUAGUCUUCGCAAACACUGAUGACUUCAAGAAUCUUCUUGAUCCUCUUCAAGAUGUUGCAAGAACUUUCAAGUCAAAGAUAAUGUUUAUACAUGUGGAUAUUAAUGAUGAGAACCUUGCAAAGCCCUUCUUAACCUUGUUUGGUCUUGAAGAAUCAAAAAAUACUGUGGUAGCUGCAUUUGAUAAUGGCAUGAGCUCAAAAUAUUUGUUGGAGUCAAAACCAACACGAAGCAAUAUUGAAGAGUUCUGCAAUAGUCUUGUUCAAGGUUCUUUAUCACCUUACUUCAAGUCACAGCCAAUACCAGAUAAUACGGAAGCUAGUGUCCAUGUUAUUGUCGGGAAAACAUUUGAUGACGAAAUCUUGGGCAGCACAAAGAAUGUGCUUCUGGAGGUAUUUACACCUUGGUGUAUCAAUUGUGAUGCCAUAAGCAAGCAAGUAGAUAAGUUGUCAAAGCACUACAAAGGAUCAAGUACUCUAAUAUUUGCAAGGAUAGAUGCUUCAACAAAUGAACAUCCAAAACUGCAAGUGAAUGACUAUCCCACACUUCUACUAUACAGAUCAAAUGACAAGACAAAUCCGAUAAAGCUCUCUACAAAAUCUAGUUUGAAAGAAUUGGCUGCGUCCAUCAACAAACAUCUAAAAGUCAAGAAUCAAGUCGUCAAAGAUGAGUUAUAGAACAUGUCAAAAAGUUUUGAGAGAAAAACACUUAACCAUAUAGAGAGAAAGCAUUAUGAAAAAAAAAUAAAAAUUACGGUGGCAUGCGUAAGCAUUUAAAAAAAAAAAAAAUUCUUUUCCCUCACUCUUAGUCUGUGUUGUCUGACUCGGUUCUAUUCUAUGAAUUACUUUCUGCCAAAUGGCAAAGAGCUAUGCAAAUUAUCAGCCCGCAAUGAACUAAAAAGAACAUACUUAAAACAAUGUACCGGUCAACCUUUUUCCAUUUCAAUCUCAUAGUCAUACAAGCCCCCUCCAAGAUGCAAGCUUAAAGUUGUUCCAUUGACAUUACUGUCUAAUUAUAUCCUAGUUUUUUUCUUUUGGGGUCGGGGGGUGGUGUUAUAACGAAGUCUCUUUGUAGAUUAGCUACCUCUGUAAGAUUAAGCAUGUUCAACUAUUCAUGUGUGUGACCCGUGGACAAGCUAUUCUCUGAAAUCAGUGGUGUCAAUUGGGCGCCUGAGCCAGAUCUCAUUAAUGUGUUAUAUUGUCGGUUACUGC